AUGAAAAAAGUGCCCUCAACCAAAGCAGCAACCGUUAAAGAGCAGAAUGUAAGAUGGAUGCUUAAUUCUCACGAUCCGAGCCCACUUGCUUUUUUUAGAUUUUCUUUUCCUAUGCAUCGAGCUCGGGCUUUUGAAAUUUACGGUAAAGUCCUAGAAUCUGCCUUAGAUCAAUGCCAAGAUGAGAAUGUUAAAGGAAGACUAUUAAGAACGAAAGGAAAAUUUAAUGCAGAACUUCAAAGAGACUGGGAGUUGUGGUUAGAAGAGAGGAAGGCGACUAAUGUUCAUGUUUACGUUGUCCAGAUUCUAGUAAACCGUUCGAUCCAAAACACAAAUAUAGUUGUGCAAAAUAGGUUUAAUACACGCGUAGAAAACCAGGGCACAUUGUCAACAACGCCAACAAUCAUCAAUAAUUCUGCAAUCGAUAUAGGCGACAGUGAUGAAAAUGACGUAGAAAAUCUUGAAGACAAAAGAGAGUUAUUAAUGAGUUCGAUAGUGAAUUCUCCUAUAACAACUGAUGCCAAUGAGGAGGAAGUUCUGGAAUCGCUCGCAUUUCUAUUUGAGUCUUCCCAAGAAGAUCUUAUUUCAUCUAUUGCAGAAGAAAGCCUUGACAGAGAGGAGACGGUGAUACCAAAUGAUAAUAAACUUGUGUUAUCAAGUCAAUUAGAUGUGUUUGCGCACUUUCGUAACAUACGCUUUAAGAUCCCGUCGAAAAACAAGAUCUUGAAUCCAGCCUAUUAUGGAAUCAUCGAUUUAACCGGUCAGUAUAUUGAGACCAAGAGAUCGUUUGAUAUUGAAGACUGGGAAGAGCUUCGGAAUUUAUUUGGCAUAAUUGUCCAAUGGCAAUCUAUUCGGACGCCUAAACAUUUCGCUAAAUAUUUUGAUGAAAAUUUUACGUUGCCCCCUAAUCCGGAGGAUGAGUUAAAAACCUUCCACACGGCGGUUGAAUUCCUGUAA